CAUCUCUGGUCCUCCAGACUUCAAGCACAGAGGCGUGACACAACUUGUGAGGAGUCAGACCGGACAGACCAUUCAUAAAACCACACCAACAAAACAACAGCACGCCAAGCUAGACUCACGUCAGCCCUCUUCUCCAGUUCACCCUCUUUGACUCACUCUGCACAUUUAUUCUCGCUUUUCACUUAUGUCACGCAAAUCCAGCGAUGACUAUAAUCUGCGUAGUAUGAGCAACCUGAUGGGCGAGAGGAAGAAGCGAGCAUCGGAUGAUGGAGAGCGGAGUCUCAUCAAAGCUCCGUCCAGCGCCAGCCUCAGCAGCGCCGGUCCCUCAGCGACGUCCCCCGCGCCGGCGGACCUGGAGCGUGCGGCGCGCAAACAGUUCCAGCAGGAUGUCACGCCGGGAUUCGUCUACGUCCUGGCCGUGUUCUCCGCUAUCGGCGGCUUUCUGUUCGGAUAUGACACCGGGGUGGUGUCCGGAGCGAUGCUUUUGCUCAAGAGGGACAUGAAUGUAAGUGCCCUGUGGCAAGAGCUGCUGGUGUCCGGGACUGUUGCCGCGGCGGCGGUGUCCGCGCUGCUCGGCGGGUAUCUCAACGGACUGUUCGGGCGGCGGGUGUGCAUCCUCAUGGCCAGCUUCACCUUCGCCAUCGGGGCGAUAGUGUUGGGAUCUGCGCCUAAUAAGGAGGCUCUGCUGGUUGGACGGCUCAUAGUGGGACUUGGGUUGGGUAUUGCAUCCAUGACUGUUCCUGUGUACAUUGCUGAAACCUCACCGCCCCACCUGAGAGGACGCCUGGUCACUAUCAACACUCUAUUCAUCACAGCAGGCCAAUUCAUAGCCAGUGUUAUUGAUGGGGCCUUCAGCUACAUGCAGCAUGAAGGCUGGAGAUAUAUGCUGGGUCUUUCAGUGGUCCCUGCAUUGCUUCAGUUCCUAGGGUUCCUUUUCCUACCCGAGAGUCCUCGCUGGCUCAUCCAGAAAGGUCUUACCCAGAAGGCCCGGCGCGUACUCAGCCAAAUCCGUGGCAACCAGAACAUUGACGAGGAGUAUGAUACUAUCAAAAGCAGCAUUGAAGAGGAGGAAAAAGACUGUGGAGGAGAGGGCCCGGUGAUCUGGCGCAUGCUGACCUACCCUCCGGCACGCCGUGCUCUCAUUGUGGGUUGUGGACUCCAGAUGUUCCAGCAGCUUUCUGGCAUCAAUACGGUCAUGUACUACAGCGCCACCAUUCUGCAGAUGUCUGGAGUACGUGAUGACAAAUUGGCCAUCUGGCUAGUGACUGUAACAGCGUUCACAAAUUUUCUGUUUACUUUGUUGGGCGUUUGGUUGGUUGAAAGGGUGGGCAGACGCAGACUUACGUUGGGAAGCAUCUUUGGUACUGUAUUGAGUCUGUGUAUCCUAUCAGUUGGCUUCCUCCUGUCAGCCCAGCAUUCUCCUCCUGUUACACUACAUCUCACGGACCCCACGACACCCAACUCCAGCUGCACAACACAUCUGUCGUGUGAACCCUGUAUGUUGGACCCUGGCUGUGGUUACUGUUAUCAGGAAAACAGCACUGCUGUGUUUGCCUCCUCCUGUGUGCCCGUCAAUCCGGCCUCCACUGAGAGAGCAGCGUGGGGCAAGUGCUCCAACUCCACACAUAUCCCAGGUAGUGGUAUAUGGGCUUAUAAUUUUUGCCCAACAUCUUAUUCAUGGGUUGUGCUCGUGGGACUAGUGCUCUAUCUCGCAUCUUUCGCCCCAGGAAUGGGUCCGAUGCCAUGGACAGUUAAUUCUGAAAUCUACCCUCUUUGGGCCAGAAGCACAGGCAAUGCUUGUUCGGCCGGAGUGAACUGGACCUUCAAUGUGCUGGUGUCUGUAACGUUCCUUCACAUGGCCCAGUACCUGACUUACUACGGUGUAUUUUUCCUGUAUUCCAGUUUGGCUCUAACCGGUUUCUUUUUCAUUUAUGGCUGCCUGCCCGAGACUAAGGGACGGCGGCUAGAAGAGAUCGAGUCCUUGUUUGAAAACCGGCUUUGCUCAUGCGGGAUCUCGGAUUCUGAUGAGGAUCGGCAGGUGGAAUACAUCCGGGUGAAAGGCUCAAACUACCACCUAUCGGAUAACGACGCAUCAGAUGUCGAAUAACUCAUGUGAAACCUCUAGGUUGGGAAACAGGAAUGAGAAGGUAUCGAUUGAGCCUCAUUCAACCCUGACGUCAGGUCCGCCCACUGUAUCGGUCAGGUUGAGCCUCUCUUCACUGCGACGGCAAGAACAGGGUUGUAGAGCACACACACACACACACAAAAAAUUAAAAAACACGCAGUGCCAAGUCAGCUUUUAUAAUAUCGUCAGUAUAUUUUUGCCUCACAGUACAUGCAGAUCUACUGGCUCGUUUCUCCACUGUCAGAUGAAUAUCCUCUGCUCAUUUAUGUAAAAUGAGAUGUUAACUGUAAAUUCAAUAAUAUAUAUGCAGAAGGAUAUUAUUUUUGUUCGAGUGUGAACUCAAUGCAAAUGUUAUAUUUGGAAAUAACACUUAUACACACUAAGAAAAAUAUAAGCAACACUACCAGUCAAAAGUUUGGACACACCUACUCAUCAUUUAAUUGUAUUUUUCACAGUGAAGUCAUUAAAAUAUUAAACCAUUAAUGGAAUUAUGUAGAUUUCAAAAACAUUUAACAAAUCAUAUUUUCGAUAUAAUUCAAAUAGCAACCCAUUGCCGACAUUACAGCUUUGCACUCUUUCGCCAUUCAAGUGUGUCUAAAUUUGUAAUCGUAGUUUACAAAUAAUCCAAACCAACUGUAUUGAGUCAUUUGAAGUCCCUAAAUAUGAACAAAAAUCGAACACAAGUGAAUAAACGUCAUUGUCAUGUCCCUCUGGCCUACUCAUUCAAAUCUUUGAUGCUUUGAAAAUGUGUAGCAAAUCGCAUUGCUUGUUUGUAAUAUGCAAUUACUGUCUAGUUUUCGAAGUACAGUAGUUUAUUUUGUAAUUUGAACCUUCAUGUUUGUAGAUGAAUUAAAGAUUAUUGACACAAAAUGUAGCUUUCUGCAGUUCCCUGUGAUAGUGUAGUGUGGGCCUUAUAAAAUAUUUCACAAUUUUUACUUAAGUUUUGGCAGUUUAUAUCAUUAUUGUGUGGUUAAGAAAUUUCGAUCACACGUUAUUUUAAGGUCCAAUUUUGACUAUGAACAAACCAUUAACUUCAACUUUUGCCACAAUAAAUUCCUAAUUUGAUGCUUAUUACGUUUGUAAAGUAGUUGUUAACUUAAGGUAUUAGGGAUGUAGAAUAUGGUUAUGUAGAAUAUGUGCUUUAUAAGUACUAAUAAACAGACAAUAUGUUAAUAAUAGGCACGCUAAUAAGCAACUAGUUAAUAGUGAGAAUUGCUCCCUAUACUACAGUGUUACUAAAAUUUGAAUGAUUUGCUUUUAAAUGUUAUUUUUUAUUACCAGUUUAAUUUGUCUUCCUUAUAGCCUAGUGUACAAAAGUCAUCGCAUUGGUCUUGUCCACGAAACAGUGUAGGAUAACCGUUUUGACAAGUAGAUUUUAAUAUCCAAUAUUCUGUCGUGCUGCUUUGUAAGUAUACAAAUAGACAAAUACACAUCAAGCUGAGCCAAACCGACCUGAAAAUCUCUAUGUUGUGGUUGUAGCUUUAUCGAAACCAAUAAUGUCGACACAUGUUCCUGUUUAAAGGUUUCACUCUGUUCAGUGAUACAGUAAGUACUUGUGCACAUCAGGCCUUGUGUAUUGUGUGUUUUGUUUAGAAAUAUGAUAAUGUGUAAUUUGACAUUUGCCAUUGGAUAAAACUUAAUUUGGUUGAGAGAAGCACAAAUUAAAUUGGCAUAGUGUUUGGUAUUUUAUCAGUUUAGACUUUAAAAGAAACAGUUCACCCACAAAUGGUCAUCAUUCACUCAAAAUCAAGUUGUUCCUAACAUGUAUGACUUUUUUUUACUCUGUGGAACAUAAAAGGAGAGGUUCUGAAGAAUGUUCAAGCUGCCCUUUUACAUAUAAUGAAAGUAUACAGUAACCAAUGGAAAGCCAAUCUCCAAAAAGGACAACAAAAUCCCAGAUUUUUGACAUUUUUGGAUGAACUAUUUCUAUAAGACAAGCAACUGAAUCUCUAACAUAAAACAGAUUGCUUCAAGUAGAGUGAAUAGAGGCAUUAGAAUAGUCAAUGAGUUUCAGUCUACGUGUAUGAUGUAAUUUAAAGGUUUAUUGAACAGUUUCAUGUGCACCAGAUGUUUUUGAAUUUUCGAUUGUACUUGGGAGGUGCUUCAACAUGGACAGCCAUUUGUGUUCUAACACAUCUGUUUUAAGUGUAUGGAUGUAUCUUUUGUUUUUGUAUGUGAAACAAAAUGCAGCGUUUAUACUGUUGAUUGAAACUAGUGAGGACAAAUGUGUUGUAUAGUAUUUGAUUACUGUUGCUGUAAAUGUUUUGCUAGAUUUAUAUUCCAUGAAACUAAAUAUACGAACUUUGACAACUUAAAUAUGUACUUGGAGAUUAUAAUAAAGAUAUAUAUAACAUA